UGCCAAUCACUACCGGAUUUUAAUAAAUUUAACAACUUUUACGUCUAAACAAAGACCGUUGUUGAAUUAUACCAAAACUGCUUCCACUUUCACCGUUCCUAGAUAUAGAUUUUGCGUUUGCGCGACUACAUCUGCGCCUAAGAACAUGAGCAUCAGCUUCGUAUAUCCUGAGGCCAAGCGGGACGAGUCUGUCGUCGAUAAUUACCAUGGCACUACGAUAAAAGACCCUUAUCGGUGGCUCGAAAACCCAGACUCGAAGGAGACCAAAGAGUUCAUUGAGGCAGAAAACAACAUCACCCGGCCUUAUCUAGAUGCCUGCCCUAUCAAACAGGAUAUUCACGCGAGGCUUACUGAGCUAUGGAACUAUCCUAAAUAUUCGUGUCCCUUUAGAAGAGGAGACCGAUACUUCUUCUUUAAAAAUACUGGUCUGCAGAACCAGACUGUCCUGUACGUCCAAGACAGCUUAGAUGGCGAGCCGCGUGUGUUUCUAGAUCCUAACACUUUAUCAGAAGACGGCACGAUCGCACUGUCGGGCAGUCGAUUCACUGAAGAUGGGUCCACUUUUGCCUACGGGCUAUCGGCCAGUGGGUCAGACUGGAUCACGAUACAUUUGAAGGAUGUUGCUACAGGAAAAGAUUACCCCGAAAUUUUAGAGAAAGUCAAAUUUGCGUCGAUGUCGUGGACGAAAGACAACAAAGGCUUGUUUUAUUCUAGAUACCCCGAGCAAACUGGUAAGGCGGAUGGGUCAGAGACUGAGCUAAAUCGCGACCAGAAGCUUUGUUACCACCGACUCAAUACGCCACAGGCCGAUGACGUCAUCGUCGUCGAGUUCCCCGAAGAGCCUCUUUGGAGGAUUGGCGCAGAAGUGACUGACUGCGGCAAGUACCUCAUAGUUUCCCCAGUGAAAGACUGUCGCGACAACUUGCUGUUCUUCGCGGAGCUGAGCGACAAGAAAGAGAUCACCGGCAAGCUGCCUCUCACACAGAUCGUGCAUAAAUUCGAGGCUGACUACGAGUAUGUAACAAACGAAGGCUCAGUAUGUCUAUUCCGCACGAAUAAAAAUGCGCCCAACUACAGGUUGAUCAAGAUCGACCUUAACAACCAUGCUGAGGAGAAUUGGGAAACCCUUAUACCGGAACAUUCCAGCGAUGUUCUCGACUGGACUUCUGCCGUAGACAAUGACAAAUUAGUCAUACAUUACAUCAGAGAUGUUAAGAGUGUCCUUCAACUGCACAGUCUAAAAACCGGCGAACUCAUCCAAACAUUUGACCUGGACGUGGGUUCGAUAGUUGGCUUCUCCGGCAAGAGACAACAGAGCGAGAUCUUCUACCACUUCAUGUCCUUCCUCACCCCAGGGAUCAUUUACCAUGUCGACUUUAAGAAGCAGCCUUUCGAGCCAACGAUACACAAUAAACUUCAGCGAAAUGUAUUCAGAGAAGUAAAAGUGAAGGAUUUCGACGCAUCAAAAUAUGUGGCUAAACAGGUGUUCUACGCUAGCAAAGACGGCACUAAAGUUCCUAUGUUCAUCGUUUCGAAAAAGGGUCUGCCUCGCGACGGGUCGCACCCGGCACUCAUCUACGGCUAUGGCGGAUUCAACAUUAAUAUCCAGCCGAGUUUCAGUGUUACGCGACUCGUCUUCAUGCAGCACUUCAAUGGCGUUGUCGCCAUACCGAAUAUUAGGGGUGGAGGGGAAUAUGGGGAACGGUGGCACAACGCUGGUCGUCUACUCAACAAACAGAACGUGUUUGACGACUUCCAAGCGGCCGCGGAAUAUCUCAUAGCAGAGAAAUACACCAAGCCCUCGCUCAUUACAAUUCAAGGAGGGUCCAACGGAGGUUUGCUGGUGGCGGCUUGUAUAAAUCAGCGGCCAGAUUUGUAUGGAGCUGCUAUAGUGCAGGUCGGCGUGUUAGAUAUGCUAAGGUUCCAAAAGUUCACCAUCGGGCACGCGUGGGUAUCAGACUACGGCAGCUCCGAUAACGAGACGCAGUUCCAGUAUCUGCUUCGAUACUCUCCACUACACAAUAUUCACACACCUGAUAAUGGGCGAUCAGAGUACCCAGCGACACUAGUGCUAACAGCAGAUCACGACGACCGCGUGGUGCCUUUACAUUCGCUCAAGUUUGUGGCGGCCAUCCAGCACGCUGUGCGCAAUUCCCCGCAGCAACGUCCACUGCUCGCUAGAAUAGACACUAAGGCGGGCCACGGUGGCGGAAAACCCACCGCCAAGAUCAUUGACGAGCACACAGACAUCUUGUGCUUCAUGACACAGUCGCUUGGCCUCAAAUAUGAGAAAUGAAACGCCAACUAGUAUUAAAAGUUAAAUGCAAGGCGAAGUGAUUGUGCAAUGUGUGUUUAUUUCUUGCAAACUAAAACUUACGCAAGAAUUCUAUAGAAGGAACGUUAACGGAUCAAAGAUAUAAACUGUAUUAAAAAAAAUGUACAAAAUCUUCCAAUGUUUAUUGAAUACAGGAGGUGCAAAAAUUAACGGUGCAUCCAAAAUGUACGAAUAUUACCGCUCCGCAGUUGUAUACCUCGUGUCUUAAAG